AUGCUGCAUGAGCUAUUUCUAUUACUCUCUGGGCACCCAUCGCCACUACUCACCCCCUCUGGCCUUCCACCCUCUUUCCCGCUGGUAUCUCCAUCCGAAAGGUCUCUUGGCCCCUCAAUUCUUCGGACAACAGCUGACGGAGGUUAGUUAGGGCCCUACUCUCCUCGUUAUCCUCUCUUGGGCAUCUCCACAUCUCCCUCCGGGAUGCUUGUUCCGUCAUCACCACCGCCCAUCCCUCGACCAUCGCACGCGCGGUUGCGAGCGGUAUUUCUACAUUCCACCUGCAUGCUUUCCGUGCACGAAUUCUCUCCGUCGAGCAGCAGGUGCUCUCACGAUCUGCCGGUAUAGUCGGUGGUUACGACAUUGUGUCGCUGGCGAAAAUAAUGUCCGGGUUUGAGGGGUGGGAGAGAACAUUGUCUUACUUGCAUUCGCUUACAUCCGCCGUGGGGGAAAUGAGUGGGGGGCAACUGAUCAACCGACUGCGAGCGGAUAUUCACACUGGCUUCCCGACAUUAGAGGCUGUAUCGCUGCAUCUCCUCAAGAUUGCUGAGACGGCCUGGCUACGGGAAGUUUCAACGUGGAUUUUGUAUGGGAGGCUCCCUAGUUCUAAGGAUUUCUUCAUUACGGAGUCGGAGUCCGUAGUGUUGAAUCCCGUGAACGAGGAGGAGGCUGGUGUGCUGAAGGAAUAUACUGUGGCAAAAUCACGCCUACCUUCCUUUGUGACCUCAGAUACAGCCUCUUCCAUAUUAUUUAUUGGACGCGCCCUCUCCAUAAUUCGACUGCGAGGUGGAGCAAAUACUGAAAUUGCAUCCGACACAAUUAGUCCGGAAAUGACGCUUCUUCCUGUACAUUUGUCGCAUCUGCAGUCCCUUCAGUCCCCGCUGUCACCUCAGAAACUUCUUACUGCGGUUUCGGAGAUACGGCUGUCCUUGUCAAAGCAUACCUUACAAACGCUUCUACCGGCUUCGAAGAUUAUUGACGUAGUUCAUGUCCUGCGAGAAUUCUUUCUCCUCGGCCGUGGGGAGUUUGCCGGUGCCAUAGUUGAACAAGCAUCUGAGCAAGUACGCAAUCGAUGGCGCCGUCCUGGCGCUGGCGGGGUCACGGGCGCACCGGGCGUGAAAUUCAGUUCGAGUAGCGCCGUUGUCAAAGAGGGCGAAGUGUCAUCGAUACUGACAAGAACCUGGGGGGUACUUUCUUCACUUCAAGGGGAGGAGACCACGGAUGAGAGAUUAGACACCGCCAGGGAUCUUCUAUACUUGUCCCUUGUCAAGCCCCCGCCCGCGGCUUCCGCGGCUUCAACGCCCGUUCAUCCAAGAGCUAAACUUGGAGAGUCAUUCAAGGAUCUCUUGGUUGGUGUUCCAAUCACACUGAAUUUCCAUCUUAGCUGGCCAUUGGAACUCUUUCUACAACCGGCAGAUUUGGAGGCCUAUGAUGCUAUCUUCGCAUAUCUUGUAUCUGUUCGCCGCGCUUUGAUUAGGUUGCAAGCCUUAUGGCGUGGUAGACGAUAUCCACCCUCUCCCCUGGCAUUUUCCAGGAGUGAAAAUAGAGCAGCAGCAAAAGCACGCAGGGAGGUGAUCAAGAAACGCGAGAGUAUUGAGAGGGUUGUUUGGGCGACAGCUGGCCUAAAUGUGUUUUUCCUAGAAACACUGAUCGGCUACUGGCAAGGAGAGGUGGUGGAAGGCGCCUUUGGCGCGUUAAUGGAGGUUCUGGAUCAAGGCCAAGAGGAGGCCCCGGAGGAACGGCAGCAGCAGCAAGAAAACGAAGACGAAGAUGGGGAUGUCUGGAUGGCGGAAGGAGAGGGCGAAGACUUCAGGGGUGCUGAGGAGAAGAGCAAAGAACAGCAAGACCCCGAGUCAUUGAUGCGGGAACAUCACCUCUAUCUCUCCCAGCUGAAGCGAGGAUUGUUCUUGGCCGAUCAUCAGUUUGCACCCCUACUUAAAAAGUUUCUAAUUGCUUCUGAAGCCCUCGCUUCCCGUAUCGAACGCAUGGGUCGGAGGAACCAUCUCACUGAUUUGAAUAUUACCCCCGAUGCUAGCACUAACGAUAGGGAAGUGGCGGAGUGCAUGGCAAGCUGUAGACUAGUGAGAAAUUUACUGGGCAUGCUGGUUGAGAGGCUGCAAAGAAUGGAUGAAGAGAGGGAUAUUGGGGGCGGCGAACUGCAGUUUUCCGGCAAAAAGGGUGGUGGGGGAGUUGGGAAGAUCGAUAGGUUGCUUAUGAGGCUGGACAUGGCUAACCUACGAUUGGGGGAUUAAUACCAUAGUAUAGCUGUUGAGCCCUCUAUAUUAGUGCGACGAAAGGCUCACGAAUU